GAGCUGCUCCACUAUACCAGCACUACUUCUUUCAUCUGACCCUUUCAUUUCCUGCUUUGUUGUUUCCCAAUUGCAUUCUCCAUACCCCAUCACACAAUGUAUAUAAACCACAUGUAGGAGAUACGUAUAUUGGGGCCUUUAAUACUUGAGCAAUAUCUCUAUGAACCCUUAGUCUGUGGUGACGACAGGAGGCCGUGCUCUGGGGAAUGGAAUCCUGCACCGCACACUCCACACUGUUUGAGUUGCCAUAGUGACUGUAGCCUGGUUAUUCAUGUUGCCACACUAUGUGGAGGCAUCCUGUGUCCAUGACACCUGUCAGCAUUUUCUUAUUGCCCUGUCACUGACUUCUUGCUGUUGGAACAAUGUCUCCAGGGUCUCGGGGGAGUUCGGGAGGAAGUUGUGACCCCCUUAACUUCUAUUGUACCAGUUAUAACACCUCAUAUGGUCGUCCAGAAUUUGGAGCAGCCAGCGCCUUGCACUCGGGCACUUAUUCCCAUCGCAGUACAGGAUACCAGUCUAACUUUCGACCAGCUGUGUACUACUCCCCCAACCUGGAUCGGAAGGAUAACCCACGCAUGGGCCUGAUCCUGCGGAACAAUUACACAUCAAUCACUAACAGAGACUUCACCCCACAUGAACACGUGACAGGUGCGGAGCCGUUACCCCAUGCACUUUCCUUCCCACAAAGUGGAUAUGUUAGGAGCAGCGAAGUUACCAACCCCAAGUCUAGAGCUGUUAAGUCAGUUCAUUUUGACACUCGGGAUCAUGGUCCAGAAGCCAUACCUGGUAUUUUACUACAACAUCGACCACUGCUAUUUGUGCCACGAGGGAAGGGAUCUCCGGACAUGGAAAAUUUCCAUCAUGGUCCAGCCUUCAUGUCUACUGAAUACAAAACCAGGUUCACACCAAAAGCAACUCAUCCCCUAGGCAAAGCCCAAAGAGCAAUAAUAGGAGAAAUGGAAAAUUCAGGAUUCACAGAAGGAUCAAAUUUAGAACCAAUAACCCAUGAUCCUUAUUCACAGUACCAUGUACCGAAGGGGUACCACCGUUUGAUGGGACACAGUAUUACCAAGACAGAUUUUCUGCCAUCUUCCAUGUUGCAGGGCAGAGAGCCACUGCCAGCUUUGGCCAGGAAUUCCAACAGAGACAGUGGUUUCUCCAGGGAACUAGAUCAAGUUCUUCAUACCAAUGCUCCAUUCAAUGACUCCCAAUCUGAUGAUAAAGCUAAGAACAAAGAUGACCUUUUAGGAAGGAUGAAUGUUGGUAAAAAGGAGGCAUCUGGAUUCAGUAACAAUAAUCUCACUUAUGUACAGUCAGGGAAGGAGCCCCCACAACAGUACCUGACUAACUACAAACUAAGGUUCUAUGAUCCUGUACCCCAUGGAAGAGACAGAGAAGGUUGGACUCAAGGUGGGAUCCAGAAACAACAACACAGUGGCUUCUCUGUCAGUAAUGAAGUACAUAUCAGAGGCAUCUAAACCAAUUUAGCAGGAUGUAAGAAAGAUUCUGAACAACUCAACACUCUUCAGCAUUGAAAACGUCUAUAUAUAUAAACCCAUAUCACCAUCUAAAGCAAAAAAUAAAUCUCAGCACCAUAACUUACAAAGCUUAUAUUUCGUACUCAGAAACUAUAUGGACUUUGUGAAGGUCAAAUUUAGUUGCAGGUGGAUCAUUUUGUCAGCAGUACUUUCUUACUGGAGAAUGUGAACUCGGUAUUAAAACCAAAACAGCCUUGCAAAUCUUAAAGGGGUACUCCAGUGGAGAACAUUUUUUUUUAAAUCAACU